AUGGAGCAAAUAAAAGUAACAGUAAAGUGGAACGUAAAAACGUUUGAAGAUGUUGAUCUUGUUCUUUCAGCCCCCCUUUCUGAGUUCAGAGAGAGGUUAAGUAAUUUGACAGGGGUACCUGCUUCGAAGCAAAAGUUAAUGUCCCAAAGAGGUGUAUUAAGAGAUGGGAUGGAUUUGAACAAACUAGGAUUGAAGCCUGGAUCAAAGAUAGUUCUUGUGGGAACUGCAGAAGGAGGUGAGCUGAAAGUUCCAUCAGAGAAGGCAAUAUUUUUCGAAGAUUUAACUUCAGAUGAAAGAGCAAAAAUCUUGCAAGAAAAACAAAUUGCACCUCUACCAGUGGGUUUGGAAAAUUUAGGAAAUACAUGUUAUUUAAAUUCAAUAAUUCAUAUGCUAAGAAGUAUCCCUAGUUUUUUACAGAUUUUGAGAAAUAGUCAUUUUAAUUUGUCUGAAGGAACAGGUUCGAGUUCAGGAAGCUCAACUACAAUUAAAUUUCUCAAUUCAUUUAAACAAUUAAUGGAUAAAAUGGACGGGAGUGUUGAAAGUGUGGUUCCAGGAGAUUGUGUUGAUUUAUUUAGACGCCAAUUCCCACAAUAUAGUACAACAACAGGAGGAACUUUUGCAAUGUACCAACAGCAAGAUGCUGAAGAGGUCUUGGGAAGUUUGUUAACAUUGUUUAAAAGUGAGCUAAAUGGAAAAGAUGAGGAUGAUCAAACAAUAGGUGAUAUUUUCCGUUUUAGAAUGAAGACUAAGUUUAAGAAUAUUACAUCAGAAACUGACGAGGAAGUUAAAAUGGAAGAUAACUAUAAGCUAAUGUGCCAUAUGGGAACUCAAUUGAAUCCUGUAGAUUUCUUAACUCAGGGUAUUAAGCUUUCAUUAGAUGAGAAGGUUGAGAAGAAAUCUUCUGAGACAGGAGUUGAUUCUAUCUAUCAGAAAACUUCAGAAAUAGAUUCUUUACCACCAUAUUUACUUGUACAACUUGUACGCUUUGAAUGGAAGAAGUCUAGUGAAAUUGCAAGAACUGAAGCUACUAGAGCAAAGGUGUGUAGAAAAAUAGAGUUCUCCCAGAAUUUGGAUCUUUACGAGUUUUGUUCUGAGGACCUGAAAAGGAUUCUCAAUAUUGGGAGAGAUAUUUCAGAGAAAAAAAAAAGCAAAUCCAUAGAAAAACCUGAUCAAGUCGAACAGAAAAUGGAUACUGAGUUAUAUACAGACUGCCCUACAGGAGUAUAUGAGCUCGAAUGUAUAGUUACUCAUCAAGGCCGUACUGCAGAUAGCGGGCAUUACGUUGCUUGGAGAUACUGUCCGGAUGAUCGUGAAUACAUCAUUAAAUUCGAUGAUGAUAAAGUCUCAAGAAUAAAGGCUAAGGAUGCAGAUCUCUCAGGUGGUAGAUCUGACUACCACAUAGCCGUAAUGCUCUUAUACAAGAAAACAAUAAUUAAAGUUUCGGAAGAGGAGAUGGCCACAUUAUUAAGUUAG